AUGAGUGAAUUUCCCACCGCCCCAUUCUCUGUAAUUAAAAAAUAUACACUUGAUUCCGAUAUAUACAAAGAUAAUAGAACAACAAUUGUUAAAGCUUUGGAAAGUAGUGGGGCCGGCCGACGGGAAAAGCAACUUGUUGCAAUCAAAAUUACUAAAGUCGACGAAAAAAAGAAAAAAGAAAAUGAAAGACAAGAAGCAUAUUCAAGAAUGAUGUGUCACACAGACAACCCUCAUGUCCUCCAUUAUAACACUUCGUUUUACACCAAAUUUAGAGGAGAACUUGAGUAUUGGAGCGUAAUGGAAUACUGUAGUUUCCAAAGUCUUGAUGUGUACUGGAAAAGCAAUCCGAGCAUUCAACAAGACGAGAAUUUAUUUUUCAUCAGUGACAUUGCUGUUGGUCUUGAGUACAUCACCGAGAAUUUACAUUACCAACACCUGCACUUAUACCCCUGUAAUGUCUUACUCAAUCGCGACCCGGCCUCUGUGUUUCCCAAAGCCAAACUUUCGAAUUUCGCGCUUUGUGAAUCGAUCGAUGGGACGUCCCCACAAGACCUUUCGUUGAUGGACAUCGACUACGCUGCACCGGAGUUUUUAGACUCUUACAGUCACAGUCGAAGUGAUGUAUGGUCCUUUGGCAUUUUAAUAUAUCGACUUCUUGUUGGUCGGUGUCCAUUCCAAUUACUUCAAAUGGACACAUUCAGCGCACUUCAAGCGCAAGUUGUUAUUAACGUUCGAAGUGCUGUGCAGAAUGACAUGGCUGCGGACUUAUUAGAGAGAAUGCUCAAAUACGACCCGGAUGACCGGAUUACGAUGGAAGAGGUCUUAAAGCACCCAUUCAUUUUGAUGUGCAAAAAUCACAAAUACGGACUUGAGGGGAAGAGAGAGAAUUAUAAGGCAGUUCAAAUGCUGGACCACGGUAACUUCGGACAAGUCUUUUUGGCGGAGACCGAAGACGGGACUAAAUACGCAGUCAAAGAAAUUUCAAACAAAUUUGAGUCACUCUUAAGAGAAGCAACGUGUAUGAGACUUUGCAAACACCCAAAUCUGGUUGAGUACAAAGACUUUUUCACGUGGAAUAAGUCAAUUGUGGCAGACUUUGUCGGAGGAAAUAAUGUCAUUGGGAAAUACUUCUAUUUGGUCAUGGAGUACUGCGACUUUGGCAAUUUGGAGUCGUAUUUAGUCCAAAAAGAGGCGCCAUUGUCCAACCAAGAAGUCUCUUAUUUUUUGGGAGAGGUGUCUGCAGGACUCCACUACUUACAUUUCAAUAAAAGAAUUGUCCACAGAGACUUGAAACCGGCAAAUCUACUCUUGAAAAAGUCCAACUUCAAAUUUCCAAUUGUUAAAAUAGCGGACUACGGAUUUUCUAGAGGACUCAACGAUAUGAUGGGGUCUGCAGUGGGGACACCUAUCUAUGAAGCUCCGGAAAUUAGAAAGAACUUGCCAUACUCUUCUAAGAGCGAUUUGUACUCUUUGGGCGUCAUUUUGUAUCGUAUGGCAACACUCGAAUUUCCUUUCACGGACGAUUACGUGCUCUUCCAAAACGCCAUGAUGAACGAACAACCCGUCAGCUUCUCAGAAGAAAUUGUAAUCGAUGAGGAUUUGAAGGAUCUUAUUAAACACUUAAUUACACAUCACGAGGUUGACAGAUUGUCGUGGAAACAAUUCUAUGAACAUAAUUAUGUCAUAAACGCACUGUCUAUGUCAAAACAAAUUAAACCCGUGGUCGAAGAAGACGACGAUUUUGAGUCGUUUUAA